UGCAUCGGAAUGUAAUUAGAGGCAACAUCUUAUUUCCUAAUAAUGAUACUAAGAUGCAAUUUGAGAUUGUCGUGAAAGUUUUUUAGAGACACCGAAAGUCAUCUAGCGUAUACUAAAAACCUUUCACGAAGGCUUUUGCUGACUUCGUGCUUCAUGUCUUCUGGUCAUGGCCUUCGCCUUAAUGACCCUAUGAUGAUCCAUCAAUUGCAUUUACGUUGUUGGGGAGUAGAUUUUCAAUAAAGCAGGAUUAAGAUGUUGAUUUCAAAGUACGCAAAUCUAGGAAACCUAGAGAAGCUAGAUUGUGAGACCCCACACAUUUAUGUCAAGAAGAUUGAGUUUGCCUGCAAUUACUUCGCUUCAGUGAAGAACCUACCUGAAUUGAGAAAGAAAGAUGUUAUGGCAGAGAUGGUUAUUCAUUGCUUACCUUCCAAGAACCCAUACAUAGAGCUUAAGAACCAAUUUCGGGAUAUGCAUAUGGAAAAUGGUAUUCCUAAUUACUACAAGUAUGGUACUCCGAUCCAGAUGGUAGAUGGAGAUAUGAUUUGGAGAUUAUGACUACGAUUAUAGAGCUCGCAAAGGAAUGUUUUGAUGAUGGUAAGAUGGUAGAGAACAUCAACCUUACAGGAUUAGAUCAUGAUACAGAGACUCAGAUGGAUGAGGACAGUGAUGAUGACGUUGUUGAGAUUGAGAACCCUAACCCUAUCAUUCCUGAACCCACUAUUGAGAUCUCCAGUGACAAAGAAAUUGAGCCUGGAGUCGACAAUGAUGAGGUAAACAGUGUGUUACAGCAAAACAAUGAGGAUAUGGAGUAUGAGUCUGAUCCAGAGGAAGACUUUGAUGAUUUUGAAGACCAUGAGCCCUCUUCACCUGUUUGUAAGGGUGGCUGGAUAGUUGAGUAGCAUUUUAAUCUUUGUAAUAGCUAGUGCCUAGAUUUAGUGAAGCAAUAAAGUAGUACACUACUAUUUAGGGUUUUAGUAGUUCAGUUUUAUGGCUUUCUGAA